AUGAAGUGUGCCCGCGUGGUUUUUCUUUCACUCCUGGUGGGCGUGGGCUGCGAGUUCUUGAAGCGAAGCAACAUAGCCUUGGAGCCAAGUGAGCAGGCUUUGCCAGAGCUGCCGCCAAAGAAGACCGCACCUGAAGUCUACGUGCUAGGGGUUUUUGCACCAGGGUCCUUUUUGUUGGGACUUGGGGCAGUUGUGCUUCUACGAUACUAUGAAAGGCACAACCCCAGUUCUGAUAUGGAGAUUGUAGAACGACAGCCCGAGAACCUGGACGAAGAUGUAUAUGGAGCUGGAAUUGCAACAUUAGUGCGAGAUUCCUUUAGCUUGGUUGAUGGAAAAGGCGAUAUUUUCCUCCGAGUCUCACGCUUGUCAAGCAGCAUCGUUCUUAUGAUAUUUGUCAUUUCGCUGCAGAUCUUUGUCAUUCUACAGAUGCAAAGCUUGGUUGCCAGCCGUGCUGUGACAGAAAUCCGUCAGAUCUAUGGCAGGUAUGAAUUUGUCAUGUAUGGUGCAGAAAUGACUCAUGUGUACCUGACACCGAAUGGGUUUCCUAGAGGUGCAGACAAGCAGUACUUCGACCCGGCAAAUUUUGGCCGUUUAACAGAAGAUGAGCAAUCGAGUGCAUGCAGGAUUCCCUUUUCCCAACCUCAGCUUUUGCUACCAAUUCUGUUCAUUUGGACACUGACUGUUGUUGCAGAUCUCCGACGUUGUGGUGACCUUUUUGUACGCCUCAUACUGGCAACUCCUACGAUUACAUCUAUGCGUGACGCAGUGGUGGAGAGUGACGGUGAAUGUGAGAUCAUCGUGGGCUUGACGCGUUCGAUCAAAGUCCUGCUGAUGUCAACCUGCGUUCUCCCUCGCUACUUCAUCAAUGUCUAUUUGCUUUGGCUUGGAUGCCGCUGGCUUGCGGCCACGCCGAGCUUUGGAGACCUUCUGCUGAAUGCUGUCGCGCUGGAAUUCAUCCUGUUGCUCAAAGAUACCCUAUAUGCCGGCGUGGUUCCAGACCGGAACAAAAGAGCAACCCAGAAUACUUUGAUUCAACCCUGGCAGAAGACGGAGCCGGCCAACUAUCGUGUUUUCCUGUCGUCAUUCUUGUUGAUUUUGGUCACCUGUGCCUGGGUACUCUACUACGUGUACAAGUUCCAAGCUGUACUGCCUGAUUACAAAUGGGACGUGGCCCAGGUUUGUGCAUCCUAUGUCAAGGCAAUCACGAGCGGCAAGUCCAGGUGA